AUGUUGAUCAAAGUCAAGACAUUAACGGGGAAGGAGAUUGAGCUGGACAUUGACGCUGAUGAUAAGAUUACAAGGAUAAAGGAGAAGGUAGAGGAACAGUCGGGUGUACCGCCGCCGCAGCAACGGUUAAUUUUCAGUGGGCGUCAGAUGUGCGACGACAAGACGGCUAAAGAGCUGAAUAUCGUCGCUGGAUCAGUACUGCAUCUUGUCCUUGCCCUCCGUGGUGGAAGAUGA